AUGAAAAGAGGUCCAAGUAGACGAUCUGAUAGAGGUAAAGAGAAUUAUUUGUUCAAGGACCCUAUUAGGUUUGGACCGCUAGAACUAUCGAGCACCAAAUCCUUGUUUAAAAACCCCAAAGCCAUAUCUGGUCAUGAGGGCUUGUUACCGAGUUGUCCCAAGAACAAUACGAUGGAUAGUAUUUUUUAUAGAAAUAUCAAGUCCACUGUGGAGUCGUACUUUAAUCCGCGAGCUGCACUUGCACUACAUCAGGUUGAAAGGCAAACUUUUAAAUUUUACUUGCAAAGGCUACAUGGCAGAGCUCCAAUCAUGCUUUUUUUAACGCAAAAGAAUCGAUUGUUUUCGCCCGAAAGUUUGGACCACUGGAACCAGGCGGUGAUUGAUAUGGAGUCAAGAGUUAAAGAGAUUAACCUGAAACUAGCAUCUGAUAAAGAGGCAGUUCAACUAGCAUCUGAUAAAGAGGCAGUUCAACUAGCAUCUGAUAAAAAGGCAGUUCAACUAGCAUCUGAUAAAAAGGCAGUUCAACUAGCAUCUCAUAAAAAGGCUGUUGAAUUUUACAAAGUUACUCGUACAGACUUGCUUUUCUUGGCAAUAAAGGGCUACAAUCAGCUUACAUACCAAAAUCUGCCGACUUCAAAAAGUUUCAACAAUAUAUUAGAGAAUGCUAGAUGGUCUGCUAUAAAUGCCGUUGAUGACAAGCUUGUAAAACAUCUUUGGAACAAUAUACCCAUUCGCAUUGUGAAUAACCAAAAUGCCCAGGAGAUUCCGCACAGUGAUGAAACUAUUUGCAAAACUGUUGAUGCUACUAUAAAAGCCAUAAAAAAAUCUGAUUUGAGUCUGAAUCCACGCGAUAACGAUGAUUUACUCAAGAGUUUCAAUUACGAUCUCGAAUAUACAAGUUUGUACCUCUUGAAUGUUUUAGACAUGAAUAUGGACCUUGCUGAUCUCAGUGCUUGUUUGCGCCAGGGCUCAUCGUUUGAGGCAGUUGGUGCUAGAUUUUCAUUGACAAACAAGUCAUUGCGAAACUCUUUACAAAGUGUAAUAAAUUCAACCAACUCAAACAAUGCUGCUACAACUUACGAAGAUAUUUUAGAAUUAGCAAAAGUUGACAAGAACAAUGAGAAUAAAAUUGGUAAGAUUUUGGAAGAAUUGGUUGCGAGGGGAGUAACUACGGCAGGUUUUAAUGGUGAUGAUGUUGAUAGUAAGUUUCUCAAACUUAUGAACUUGAAUACCAAAUCGUGUCCAAACUACGUCACUUACUCACAAUCAAGGCAUCCGCCGUUUUCAAGUGGUCCUCGUAAGUUUCCAUACAUGAGACCAGCUCCCAAAUGUCGAACAUUUGUGUCCCUGGCGGUGGAAAAUAUAAUCACCGAUUUGAAGAUGAAAAUUGAAGAUGCCGAUUUGGCAAGGCUCAUGGAGAAUUGUUUACCCAAUACCUUGGACACAACGAUACUUUGGCAUACUACUGAGCCAAUGGGACAAAGCAACAACAACAACAACAACAAUCCUGAUUCAGAUAAGGACACUUUACCUCAGACCUUUGUAGUUACAGGUGACAUACAUGCUGAAUGGCUCAGAGACGCGGCAAGACAGUUGUCAGUUUACCAACCAUUUAUCAAAUACGAUGCAUCCUUGCGUCAAUUAAUUUUAGGGGCCAUAAACACUCAAGCUUUUUACGUUAACAACUCGCCAUAUUGUAACGCAUUUCAUCCGCCACCAGGGUCGAAUGUGAAACGUGGUAUGACGGCAUUUGACAAUGUGCUACCUCGGCCAGACUGGAGACAGGUAUUUGAGUGCAAGUAUGAAAUUGAUUCUUUAGCUUCUUUUCUCACACUAACAAAUGAAUACUAUGAAAAUUCUGAUGGAGAUACAUCAUUUAUAAAUGAGCAAUGGCUACAAGCGUACGAGAAACUUUUGAUAGUUUUGGAAAGAGAAAGCAACCCCACUUUUGAUGAAGAAACUGGUCGAGCAUUACCAUUUUACUACUCUUUCCAAAGAAACACAAAUAUUGGUUCUGAAACCUUGCUGUUGGGUGGAGCAGGAAACCCAGUGAAUUAUGGUACUGGUCUAAUUCGCAGUGCAUUUAGACCGAGUGAUGACGCAACUAUUUUCCAAUUCUUUAUACCGGGGAAUAUGCACAUGUUGGCCGAAUUAGAAAGAACCCUAGCCAAUAUUUUAGAGGAAAAAGAGUCUUUUAAAGAGAGGACAGGUGCUGUUCUUCAAAACAUGAAGCAAAAAACAAUCCAUUUCAUUGAAGCAAUAAAAAAGGGGAUUGAAAACUUUGGGAUUGUUAAUCAUCCAAUUUAUGGAAAAGUGUAUGCGUACGAAGUUGACGGGUAUGCAAGUGCAACGUUUAUGGAUGACGCAAAUAUACCUUCAUUAUUAUCAAUUCCAGAAUUGGGGUAUAAACCAGUUGAUGAUGAAGUGUAUCAAAACACAAGAAAGAUGAUUUUUGAAAAAAGGGCCAACCCGUAUUAUUUGAAAGGUAAGUACUUUGAAGGAAUUGGCGGUCCUCACAUUGGCAUCAGAAGUGCAUGGCCAAUGUCUCUUCUUGUUAAGAUUAGAACCACUGAUGAUGACGAGGAGAUUCUAGCCAGCCUCAAGAUGGUGAUGGAUAAUACGGCAAACUUGGGGCUCAUGCAUGAGAGUGUCGAUGUUGACUCAAUGGAUGGAACUGACUAUACACGGCCAUGGUUUGCUUGGUGUAAUUCAGAAUUUGGUAAGACUAUAUUACAUUUGGCUCAAAAGAAGCCACACUUGAUAUUCAAGGAAGAAUGGAAACACACGCCAUUUAGUAUUAAGGAUGCUUUGAGUAAAGAGUCUUUGUAA